GUUAACUCUCACGCGCACACUCCCAAAGCCUUAAAUGUCUCUCACGCAAAACUUAUGAUAAGUUGGGAAUUGGAGCCAAACGCUGUCAUCAAUGGCGGGAAAAAGAAUCCCUAAAAUCUCCACUAUUUACACUCUUAAUAAAUGCUAACCAUAAUCACCUCCAGCUUCUUCAAAAUUCCAUUCAAACCCAACAAUUUAAACCCUAGAUUUGCGCUACUAUUCAAUUCUCCAAUGGCUUCUUCUACAAAAAUCACAGUAGAGUACGCGAAAUCCGGUCGAUCGGCAUGUAAGAAAUGCGACGAAAAGAUUCCGGCGAAAUCGGUGAGGCUUGGAUUAGUGUCGAAACAUCCUCAAGGUUUUGACCAAACGAAAUGGCAUCAUCUCGAUUGUUUUCCGUUUAGUUCUGAUUUUGUUUCCUCUGUGGAAAAUGUCACUGGAUUCUCAUUGCUCGAGAGCAAAGAUAAAGAAACAUUGGAGAAAUUGAUUAACAAAGAGAUUCCAGCUUUGCAGAAGGUUUCCGAUGCCGACUCAGACAAGAUUGACAGAAAACAAAAGGAGACUUGUGCACAGGAAGACUCGGAGCACGAACUAAGCAAGCAAAAGAGACUAAAGCUGUCUGCCACUGAAGAGGAACCUGUGUUGGAGAUAGCCUUCUCGAUUUGUGAUGCAACGGACACGUAUAAGGAUGCUACAUUAUUACCAAAAUGGAGGGCGUUUCAGACGCUUAUAUAUCUUGAGCAGGAUGAGGGGCUUCAUGCUUCAAGUAAAAUUGCUGCCUUUGAUUUUGAUGGUUGUCUUGCAAAUACAUCUGUGAGAAGAGUUGGUGCAGAUGCGUGGUCUCUGAUGUAUCCUUCAAUCCCAGCGAAGCUGCAGAGCUUGUACUUUGAUGGCUAUAAGCUAGUGAUUUUUACUAAUGAAUCCAACAUUGAGCGCUGGAAGAAAAGUAGGCAGGCAGCUGUAGACUCAAAAAUUGGACGACUUGAACAAUUUAUUAAAGUUGUUGGUGUUCCAAUUCAGGUCUUCAUUGCUUGUGGCUUGAGUCAGAUCAAGCCAGAAGAUCCCUUUCGCAAGCCUAAGACCGGGAUGUGGAAUAUUAUGAAACAACAGUUCAAUUCUGGUGUUCCCAUAGACAUGGAUGAAUCUUUCUUUGUCGGUGAUGCUGCUGGCAGAAAAGGCGACCACAGUGAUGCUGAUAUUAGAUUUGCACAGGCCAUUGGAUUAAAAUUUUAUGUACCGGAGGAAAUCUUUGGGAAGGAAAAUUGACAAUGAGCCUUUUGUUGUGUAACAUCUACUGCAGUGGAAAGAAACAAUCUGAGCUGUAGUAGAGAACAUGCGUAGAAUUCUUUACCCUGCAAAGGGGUUGACAAUUGUGUAAAUAACUCUGUAUUAUCUACCUUUGAUUGCUCUGCAGGAGUAAGAUUCUUCUCAACUUAAAUUAUCUUCUAUUUUCUGCAAUCCAA